UUAUCGAUUCGUUGGUGAGAUAUUUCCGUUCUGUUUUCGACUCCAGUGUUUUAGCUUUCGCAGAAAUAAUAGUUUUUGCAUGUCGUUACCGAAUAAUAAUAAUAAAAAAACCCAUAUAUUAAUUGCAAAUAAUGUUAUCUGACAUUGAUUUCUCUUUAUCUUACCUAACAAAAUCCCAUUUUAUAUAUUUCGAUUGUUUAGAUCACAUCACAAAACACAUUAUUGCUUUGUUUCUUUGUUGCCUCUACGAACACGUAUUGUUUAGAUCAAUAAAUGAAUUUUUUCCAAGCCGUUACCUAUACUCCAAUCUCUAAAUAUAAAAUUCGUUUUUAACAUUUUAUACACUCCUCGACUUCUGUUGAUUUACAAAACUCUCGUUGUUUGUUUACGAAAGAAGGGAAGUUCGUAUCGGAACUCGAGCCGCGACUUAUCUUUUCGUCGAGUGAUUUUACUCAUUAAAACUUUAAUUGGAUGUCCGCAUCGAAGGGUUAGACUUAAACUUUCAAAGAUUGUUUGACAGCUUGGAAACCGCAGGCAUCGACCCGAAUUAAUAAACUCCAGAGACAAGUCAUUAAGAGGUCUUUAAAAGCUAUUACCUUCAUUGUCAGAAUUGAUAGAGAUGUAAGGCCGAGCACUAGAAAUUCCACUCUUGAAAAAUAUUCGUUAAGUGGACUUAAAGAUUAAAGAUCUUUUAAAGGAGACCAUCGAGAAAUUUGGAAGAUUUUACAAAUCGACAUUUAACAUCGGUGCAAUCGAUAACUGCCUACGGUACGAGGCUCCACAUUCAGUAGAAGGUAUAUCAGGAGUUCUUGGAUUAAUUAAUGUUAAGUAUCGAUUUAAAGAAAGACGUAUUAAGCGAGUUAUUCUUCAGUUAAGGUGUGCUAAUUUAUAUUUUCUUCCGUGCAAACAUCACCAUUUUAUUUAUUUUAAGGUGAAGAAGAUACUCCCGUAUAUUACAAUAAAAUAGUAAUCCCAUCCUUUGUUACAUUAAGAUCAAUAGAAAUUAUUAAUAGGUUUAGGCAUAACAAAUCUUAAAGACGUUCAAAGGCUUCAUUUGGAAGGGGACCACAAAAAGUUUCAGGACACGCUCGGAAUCACGUUUUGGGGCGAAUGGUUGUCGGCUGUCUCCACGCUCCCUUCGUCCGAAAAUGGAUUGGACCAGCUGACUAAAGGACUCUGGGAUUCGGCUCUACAAGAACAAAGAAAACCAUGGAGACUUGGUACAAUGCUUACUUUGUCUGUGGUUAUUGCUAUAUUGGUGGGCAUGGCAUCUACCGUGUCCCAACCAUCUCUGCUGCUUGAUCAUUCUGCUGCCGUCACCAAGCUCGGUUUUCUCGCAUAUGUCACGGGAAAGUAUCUGGCACCGCAGAAUUGUAAGGUGGAGUUCGACUGGACGGAUCCUCAAGUAGUUGGUAGUACUAUGACUUUUAUUGUCAAGUUCUAUCAACGAAAUGGUCAUUCUUAUCCAGUAUGCAGCAAAGAUAAUAUAUUAGUAGAGAUCACUCAAGGCAGUCACAAAGUAGCUUGCAGCGUUGAGUUUGGAGGAAUUAAUCCUAACGAUGCAAAUAAAGCACAAAUUCAUUUUAGUGUGAGAAGGGCCGGCGAAUAUUACAUAUCUAUUCUUGUCGGAACGGUCCAUAUUCGUGGAAGUCCUUUUGUAAAAAUAUUUCUUCCCGGCUUACCGGAUCCGAAUAAAACCGGAUUUGUUCAUCAUUGUUCAACAGUUGUUUGUACAGAAGGUGUACCUUAUCAUCUUUUCAUCGAGCCUAGAGAUAAAUAUAACAAUCUUUGCUCCAUCAAGCCCAAUGCAGAUCCAAGCUGUGAUUAUAGUGUAGAUAUAAUUGAAGUAAAUAGCGAAAGACCAGUGAUUCUACCAUUAAGAUGGGAGUGUUACUCUGAAUCGUCACGUAUAGCAUUGAUCCUAAAAAUGGAACAAGCCGGAUGCUACAAAACCAUAGUGUCUUAUAAGGGUGCAAAUUUAAAAAAUGGAGAUUUUCACAUUAUUGUGCUCAAUACUGAUUCCAAUCUUGUCCGAAAGAACGUGGCAAAGAAAAGUCAUAAUAUUUGGUACGAAGCAUGUCUGAUUGCAUAUGAUGGCGACAAAUUACAAAAGCCAAAGAAAGUGUUGUGUUAUAUCUCUCCAAAGCAAUUGACAAUUAAAGAAGUUUUUCUGAAAAUCAUUCAUAAACGAUUAAUAACCUUUCGUCUUUGUCCUUCGACAAAGUUUCAGUUUCAAAGUAUAAAUAACUGUCAGGGGGAGCAAGUUUUAGUAAUAGAUGAUGGCUGCCAACCGCAAGUAGAAUUAAUUUCGAAACAAAGAAAUGUUAUUGCAGCAACUUUCACACAAUUUUUAUUGAAAAAUAUAGGUGGUUCGGAAACAUUUAAAGAUAAGCAAGAUUUCUUUUAUCAUGAAAUUCGCAAACUUCAUCAAAAGCAUUUCCAUGAUAAACUUUCAUUGAAAAUUUCAAGAGAAAAAUUAUUAGAUUCUUCUAUGAAAUGCACAAAAGGAUUUGGAAUAAGUGAUUGGUGUAAAAACUUUGAAAUAACAUUUCUUGGAGAACAAGGGUUAGACUGGGGAGGAUUAAGAAGAGAAUGGUUUGAACUGAUCUGCUCAUCUCUUUUCGAUCCUGAAAAUGAAUUGUUUCAUUGUUUCAAAAAUGACAAACAGGGAUUGGUUCAUCCUAAUGCUAAAAGACCGGUUCAUCUCAAAUUGAAACAUUACGAAUUUGCUGGAAGGAUUGUUGGAAAAUGUUUAUACGAAUCGGCUUUAGGAAGUUCUUAUAGACAAUUAGUUAAAGCAAGAUUUUCAAGAUCGUUUUUAGCCCAAUUAAUUGGGUUGAGGGUUCAUUAUAAGUAUUUUGAACAAGAUGAUCCAGAUCUCUAUGUUUCAAAAAUAAAAUAUAUUUUAGAAAAUGAUGUUGAUGAUAUGGAAUUAAACUUCUCGGAAGAAGAAUAUUCAAGUACAGGACAACUUUUAAGGGUACUAGAAUUAAUUCCCAAUGGCUCGAGAAUUCAGGUGACCAAUCAGAACAAGCUACAAUAUCUUGACGCUCUAGCACAGUAUCGAUUAGCAAAUAGUGUGAAAGAAGAAGUGGAAUAUUUCCUUAAAGGACUUAAUGAUCUCAUUCCAGAUAAUUUACUUUGUAUAUUUGAUGAAAAUGAACUUGAGUUAUUGAUGUGUGGUACAGGUCAGUAUAGCAUAGCUGAUUUUAAAGCAAAUCAUGCUGUCAGUGGAUCAUCAUAUGAAUUUAGAAGAGUUCUCGAUUGGUUUUGGACAGCAGUAUCAAAUUUCACGGAAGAAGAAAUGGCUCGAUUGCUGCAGUUUACCACUGGAUGUUCUCAGUUACCUCCCGGUGGAUUUUCGGAAUUAAAUCCGAAAUUUCACAUUACUGCCGCUCCGACUUUUGGAAACUUACCGACUGCUCACACGUGCUUUAACCAGUUGUGCUUACCGGAUUACGAUUCGUACGAACAAUUCGAAAAAGCUUUGAGACUGGCAAUCAGCGAAGGAACGGAAGGAUUCGGAAUGAUAUGAGAAAUUCCGUAAGGGAGAGAGUGCCAUACGAGUUUUAAAAGAUACUAUUUUUACCACGAGCUCCGCGUGCGAAAUUGCCACGCUUCCGCCAGAAAUUCACCCAACAUGUGGACUUUCGUCUUUUAUAUGCAAUUACAUUUCUAAUAAUAAUAGAAAAAUAUGCACUUUAAGGAUUUCUUUUUACUAUUUUACAUAAGAUACUUCGCUAUCACCAGAACUGCACCCUUUCCUUUAUUUUUCACGGCUUUUAAUCCAAAAAAUUAAAGCUAUGUAAUUUAUAAAACUUCUGUCCGAAGUACUUACAAUGCAAAAAAAAAAAAUAAUAUAUCGACGUGCCUCAUAGAUCGAAAGUACUUAUCGAAAAUUAGCAUUUCAUAAAUGUCUAGCCAUA